GUUUGGUUUACCAUUGGAUUUGAUCUGAGAGUGGAUUUAAUUGGCGAAGACAUACGCGAAGAAGUGAUCGCAUUAUCUCUCCACUCAAGCGAUGGUCAAAACACGACAGAAACGAUUCAAUUGGAAAGCGAGACAAUCGGGCCAUGAAGUGGUCGCCAAGGAAGCGGAUCCGCCAAAAAAAUCGGUGGCCAAUAAGAUAGACAUCGGCGUGGAUGAGACAAAAUACGAUUCGUGUAACGCAUUGGUUUUGGACACCACGAGGAAGGGGUCCAAAACAUUCCGUGUGUCGGACGCACUGAGCAGUAGUUCAGAAAGCGAUGACACCAGUGAUGAGGAUAAUGACAAUUCAGGUGAUAGUGAUGUGAAAGACGCAGACAAUGCUGUCGUGAUUAAUGAUAAAACAGAGUCCAAAACGAGUGAACCAAAUGUUAGUGACAAAAGUGAAUCCGAUGUCAAACGCGACUCCAAUGUAGUGACUGAAAAACCUGUUGAAAAUGUUUGCGAACCCGAGAAACCGAAACCAGAAGUGACUGAAGAAGUAGUGAAGAGACAAUUCGUGGCCAUCGACAGGACCGAUGAGAUCGAGAAGUUCCGGUCGGCGCUGCCUAUUGUGAACGAAGAGCACACUAUAAUGGACUCCGUGUUCAACAACAUGUUUGUCAUCGUUUGCGGGGAAACGGGUUCAGGAAAGACGACACAAGUGCCACAAUUCCUCUAUGAGGCCGGCUUUGCCACCAAUGGACAGAUCAUUGGAGUGACGGAACCGCGCAGAGUGGCCGCCAUCGCUAUGUCUAAACGAGUGGCUCACGAGAUGAACCUCUCGAGCAGUAGAGUGUCGUAUCAAAUAAGGUUUGACACAAACGCCACAAAAGAGACACAAAUUAAGUUCAUGACAGACGGCGUACUCCUCAAAGAGAUACAAAAUGAUUUCCUUCUGCAGAAGUAUUCAGUGAUAGUCAUCGAUGAGGCGCACGAGCGGAGUCUUUACUCCGAUAUAUUGAUCGGUUUGCUGUCACGUAUUGUUCCGCUCAGGAAUAAAAAGAAGAAUCCUUUAAAGUUAAUCAUAAUGUCGGCGACGCUUAGGGUCGAAGACUUUACCACAAAUACCAGGCUUUUUAAGAGUGUUGCGCCCGUACUCAAGAUCGAUUCGCGUCAAUAUCCAGUGUCCGUUCACUUCAAUAAGAAGACAAACACUGAUUAUCUUCACGAAGCGUUCAGAAAGGUGUGCAAAAUACACGCCGAAUGCCCGGCCGGUGGGGUAUUGGUGUUCGUCACCGGCAGGCUUGAAGUGGAAGUGUUGUGUCGAAGACUGCGAGCGAAAUAUCCGAACAAUAGCUAUAAAAAUAAUAACGAAGUUUCCACUCAUAAGAGUAGACAAAAACGGAUCAAAAAGAGCAGUGAAUGUGAAGAAAAUAAGACAUUAGUGACAGAGAAGGCGCCGACAAUCAAUUUGGAUGAUUAUGACGUGAAUCCACUGGAAAGCGAAACAGUUUUAGACGAUUUUGAUUACUCUGACGAUGAAAAUGAUGAGCAAAUUGUCGAUCACAACAGCGACGACGAGGACAAUAUCUACGCCCAAAGCCAACCCCUGUAUUGUCUGCCACUGUAUUCAAUGCUUCCGCACUCGCAAGUUAAAACAAAAGUCUACGACAACGUGACCGGCAUUUCGACAUUUAUCAUCAGUUGGACGUCGAAAGCGUCGGCUGACCAGAGGGCAGGUCGUGCGGGGCGUACGGGUCCGGGACAUUGCUAUCGGUUGUAUUCGUCGGCCAUAUUUAACGACGAAUUCCCUCAGUAUUCAGAGCCGGAAAUACUGCGAAAGCCUUCCGACGACCUAAUGCUACAAAUGAAAGCCAUUAACAUCGAGAAUGUGGUGAACUUCCCGUUCCCCUCUCAGCCAUCCGUCGAAGCACUCAUAGCCGCCGAGAAGCGACUCAUAUCGAUGGGCGCUCUCAGAGAUAUGGCCACAAAGUUGGAGAAAAACCAAUUGAAAGCCAAGAUUACAGAACUGGGAAAAGCAAUGUCUCACUUCCCCAUAAGUCCACGUUAUGCCAAAAUGUUAGCCCUUUCCCGUCAGCACCAACUCAUGCCGUACACCAUAGCUAUAGUGUCGGCGCUCACUAUUCAAGAGAUAUUUAUCAGCAACGAAGCGACGACUAAAAAACACAAGUUUUGGUUCAACACCGAAAGCACUCUCCUAUUGGGCGAUGUAAUGGUUUUGUUGAACUCUAUCGGCGCCGCACAGUAUGCGGGACUGACCGACAAGUUCUGCAAACAAAACGGUUUGCGACACAAAGCCAUUACGGAAAUCAAUAAAUUGCGGAAACAAUUGAUUUAUCAAAUCAGGAGUAUAUGCAGUGAUUUGAGUGAAGACAUGUUCAGUCUUGAGAUGAAACCCCCAAACGCUUUGCAAAUAAAGCUUUUGCGGCAAAUAAUGUUGAGUGGAUUCUUCGACCGCAUCGCCCGAAAGGUUCCCGUUUUGGACAUCGAUUUGAACGACAAGGAGAAGAGGAAACUGCGAAACGCUUACCAAUCGAUAGAAGUGGAGAAACCGGUGUUUAUGUCGAAGAACUCCAUAUUAAGCGACGAUUUGCCCGAAUAUGUUGUCUAUCAGGAGUUGUUUGAGUCGUCGAGACUUGAGAUGAGAAAUGUGGUGCCAAUUGAAGCCGAAUGGUUGCCCCUAUUUGUGCCCCAUUUGUGCACAUUUUCCAAUCCCUUGGAAAACCCGGCGCCCCGUUAUGACAGCACAUCCGACUCAAUCAAAUGCCACCGUUCGGCCACUUUCGGGCCGUACGACUGGCCCAUCAAAGCCACUGAACUCGUAUACCCUCAUUUUCCAACCCCCUGGAAACCCCGGCGCCCCGUUAUGACAGCACAUCCGACUCAAUCAAAUGCCACCGUUCGGCCACUUUCGGGCCGUACGACUGGCCCAUCAAAGCCACUGAACUCGUAUACCCAGAAGGCCUCGAACGACCUAUUGAAGGAAUACACCGAAUGGUUACCACAAUCGUAUCACCAAGAAGUGAGAACUCGGUGGUCGACCAUUGGUUCCGAUAGGAUCACGUCUUAA